GCAGUGUGAAAGAAGCCGGCAGUCGCUGGUCAGGACUCAGGAGAGCUUGCGGUGCUGUCUGACGCUCUGUGGUGCUGAAAGUGCCGCCCGCCGCGAUGUGGUCCGUGUUUUUCGUUUUUCUGUCUUAUCUAGACAGAAACUUUGUUAAAGGAGAGUUCUUGAGCCAGACUUUAGAUGCCGAAAAGGAGAGCAAGGAGCUCUUUUACAUGCUCAACAACACUCUUUGCGCCAAAAGUUCAGUUGUAGGAGAGUACCACCUCCAUCAGGUCACCGAUGGGGCAGAAGAGGUCCGCUCUGUGCAUGACUCCGAGGGGCGCCUGCUCGACUGCUCAGUCAUCCAAAACCAAAUGCAGGUCAAAUCCUUUAUGCAUGUCUGCAGACUUGGCCUAAGAAACCAAAUGAGCUCCGACCUGAAGAUGAGCUUGACUGGGGUGUCCGAAGCGAAGGCGAACUGUAACAAGCUGAGAUCAAAAGGAGCCAAGAAUGUGAUACCGACGACAAAACAAGUGAAAGAGGCGAGCAACAAGAAGACGCGAACCAAGCGAGGCUUCACUUAUCCUGGCACUCUUUGGUGUGGUGCUGGAAACAUCGCAGAUCAUUAUGAGCAGCUGGGCGAGUUCGAAGAGACUGACAGAUGUUGCCGCGUUCACGAUCACUGCCCAUAUGUCAUCCAUGCGUUCUCCUCCAACUAUGGAUAUACCAACUUUAAAUGGCACUCACUCAGCCAUUGUGACUGCGACAAUGCCUUAAAAGAAUGCCUGAGGCUCGUCAAUGACACCUCCUCCCGAGUGGUUGGACAAGCUUUCUUUAAUGUGAUCGAAGUGCCUUGCUUCGAGUUUUCAUUUGAAGAGCAGUGUGUUGAGCGCCACUGGUAUGGUGUGUGUAAAAAGUAUGAAAGAGUUCCUGUUGCAGUGAUUAAAGAAUCAAUCCCGUAUGACUUCGGGGGUAUUGAUGUCAUUGACGUACUGACUCUCGCUCCUCUCAAGGGAAAGCAGUCAGACAAAGAGAUGCAGAACAAGACUGAAAGCACAACAGAGUCAACGUUCCCAAAGACCACGAGUCCCGAGGAGCCCUCGCUUACAAAUGUGGUGACGGCCGCAGAGGAUUUCAUUAAAGUGCUCGCCACAGUCUCCACCUCUCAAAGCUCAUCCACAGAUGCAGGGAAAGGAGAAACUCAGACGUCAGAGAAGAAGAAGAAGAAAACCUCUGGCAAAAAGAAAAAGGAGAACAAGAAGAAAAGGGGCAAGGGUAAAGGCAGGAAGAAGAAUAAAAAACUUGAUGCUGUGUUAAAAGUCGAUGAAGGUGCGUCCGGUGCGACAAAUCCAAAUGAAGAAGUCAUGGGUAAGAACAACUACAUGGAGGAAACACCAAACACAAAUCAAUUAAGCGUAAAAGAAAACAAUUUCAUGAACAGCGAGCUAGACGCAGUAGGAAAUGGGGCGCUUUCUAAUAAGAUGAUGAGGGAUGAUCCUCAAAGGUCGAAUGAUAAUCGGGAUGCUGAUCAAUCCUUAGUGAAGACUGGUAAAGAUCCAGAGAUUCUUGAGUACAGGCAAGUAAAUGACACUGAGUUGGUUUCUCCCUCACCUAGAGAUCACAUUACCCCCGCCAGCCGUGAAAAGAACAGAGCCAAGCUAAGACAAAGAGGCGGAAAGAAAAAGCAAAGAAAAAACAAUCCUUCCACAGAAGUUUCCCAAGCUUAUUUCAAAGAAGAAACACUUUCAGUAAGUGCGCCCGAAGGUGCUAGCCUUGCAACAUCAACCACAGAGAGCCCCAUUACACUGGAGGUGACACAAAGUACACAGUACACGGACGAAAAGGGACUAGUAGGAACACCUGUUAAAUCCAAAACACCAAGGCAGAGAGAGGGAAGAAAGAGACAAAGGAAAGUCAUUGCUUCCUCUAACGAAGAACUCCCUCGUGAAUCUACCUCUGAAGACCCUCUAUUGUCCACAAGCACUGUUGAACCGACUGACUUGCAAGAGAGACUGGGAUUGGACAAUCUUGAAAAUGCACAACAGAGUUCGAAGGACAUCAAGCGAGGGCGGCGUGUCAUCAAAAUCUGCUACGAAGCCGUUUUGCCUGAUGUUGCAGACACGACACCCCUGCCGACACUAAUCGAAAAGGACAAUGAGUUUCAGUUAAAGGACCCGGAGGUACAUACAGUGAUUCCUAAUCUACAGACUAACACUCCGUCCAUGCCUCCCCGCAGACUUGGAAAGACCAAAGUGAAGAGAAGCAGAGAGAGAGGAGCAGGAGAAAAGCAUGGAAAAGUUAAGAGAGAGUGAAGAUCACCUCAUCUUCUAGGACAGUGUUUCUCAAGCACGUUCCUGGAGGGCCACCAACUCUGUAUGUUUUGCAUGCCUCCUUUCUCUGUCACACCUCUUAAAGGUUUUUCAGUCUCGACUACUGAGCUGAAGAUCUGAAUCAGGUGUGUUUGGUUAAGGAGACACAGAAAAUGUGCAGAGCUGGUGGUCCUCCAGGAACAUGGUUGGAACAUGGAACAUGGUUGAUCCGAAACACUGUCAUCCGAUAUGAUGUUUUUAAUAAACUGCAUGUUUUUAUCUUCUGUUUUUAUAGCUCUGCUGAUGCUAAACUGACAAAUCAGAUCAAUUCUUGAGAAGCAUUUGUUUCUCGACAUGAUUGCCGAAUAAAGUAAAUAUGAGCACUG